GAUCAGAGAGCUAAAGUGCCUAAGAGUAUCUAGAACCACUUUCUAUCCAUGAUAGGGCCCACCUGGUGAACCGUCUUGUUUUGAAACAUCAUCCUGAGAAACGGCUCUAACCACAGAAUCGCUAUAAAUAGAAGUUUCCUACGUACUAAAACCACCAAGCUCACAAAAAUGAAAGAAGAAGAAGAAGAAGGACUAGUUGUUCAUGGCAUGCAGGAGGGAGGGGAAGAGGCUAAGAUGGAGCUGCCCGUGGAGGAGAUUAUUGAAGGGUAUGUGGGUUCUUUCGGAUUCUCGCAACUCCUACAUGUGUUCUUGGUCUCCCUUGCAUGGAUAUUCGACUCGCAGAACACGUUGGUGACUAUCUUCAGCGAUGCGCAGCCUACGUGGAGGUGCACUGGUGCUUCUUCUUCAUGCUCUCAUGGCUCCUCCAUGUGUGAGCUUGAGCCAGGAGCUUGGGAGUGGGUUGGAGGGAAGGCCAGCUCGACCAUCUCUGAAUGGGGUUUGAUAUGUGACCACAAGUUCAGGGCUGGGAUUCCAGCAUCCUUGUUCUUCAUCGGUUCUCUCUUCGGCUCCGCCGUUCAUGGCCGCUUGGCGGAUGCAUUCCUAGGAAGGAAGAAGACAGUCCUCCUUUCAUGUCUCCUAACUUCCAUAACUGCUUUCCUGACAUCCUUCUCACCCAACAUAUGGGUCUACGCCCUCCUCCGUUUCUCAAACGGGUUCGCCAGAUCAGGCAUUGGAAUUUGCUGCCUCGUCCUCUCUACGGAGGUUGUCGGACGGGAGUGGCGUGGCCAAGUAGGCCAAUAUGGCUUUUUCUUCUUCACAGCCGGCUUCCUUUCCCUCCCAUUGAUGGCUUACCCAACAAGAACAUCUUGGCGAAAAAUAUAUAUGGUCCUGGCUGUUCUACCCCUCUUAUACUCUGUUCUAAUCCUUCCUUUUGUUUCUGAGUCCCCGCGAUGGCUUGCAAUCAGAGGCAGAACGAAAGAAGCAAUGGAAGUCUUGAAUAAGCUAGCGAGACUCAACGGAAGGAAGCUGCCAAAGAACUUAACCAUUCUGAGCCCAUCCACUGCUAAAACGAACGACACCGAAACGACGACGGAAAGCUUGUGGUCUAAAAGGUGGGCCACAAAGAGGGUAAUCACGAUCAUGUUCACCGGUUUCGGAAUUGGCUUUGUUUAUUAUGGUGUUCAGCUGAACGUAGAGAACUUGAACUUCAAUCUCUACUUCACAGUAGCUCUAAACGCCUUGAUGGAGAUUCCAGCAGUUUUCCUUGGCAGUGUGCUGUUGGGUUUCACAGAUCGCCGGAUUCUUAUCUCUAUAUCUGCUUACAUCACCGGCAUUUCGUGUAUCAUCUGCAUCUUCUUCUCUCGCAAGAACGGAGAGGGGAAGGUACAAUCAAAAGGUAGCUGGUCUCAGUUAACCGCCGAAGCUAUAGGAUUCAUGGGAGCUUCGACAGCUUUCGAUGUUCUUUACAUUUACUGUGUGGAACUGUUCCCCACAAACGUAAGGAACUUCGCUGUGUCAAUGCUUCGGCAGGCACUGAUGUUGGGAGCAGCUAUCGCCCCUGUCCUGGUCGUUUUGGGUCGUCUGAGUCCAUCCAUUUCAUUCCUGAUAUUUGGGGCAUUGGCAAUAUUUAGCGGGUUUCUAGUACUCUUGCUGCCAGAAACCAGAAAUGCUCCUUUAUAUGAGACAUUGGAGCAUCAAGAGAAAGAGGAAAAGCUAAGUUCAGUUUCAGACCCUGAGAUAGAGCUGGGCAAUUGGUAAAAUUGUAAUCCACGGUUUAUAGACUCAGAGACUCCGAUCGAGUCGAGGGUGAUUCUUGUAGGGGCAACUGGUGGUAUCGAACCGGAUCUUAUGAGUUCAGUUGGAAGGGUCUUAAAACCAUGGAAAAACCAGUCUAUGAAAACUAUACAUAUGGUUUCAAUUGUGAGACUCUUUAAGCUUUCUGUGUGUUAUGUGUCCUGGACUAGGAAUACAAGAAAUUUCACUAA